AUGUUAGGAGAUCAAGAGCAACUUAAACCUCGUGUAGAUUGUUACAAACUGGCGACAGAAAAGAAACUUGACUGUUCUAUGUUUGAACGAUUGAUAAAGAACAAGAUGCCGUUUGAACAGCUUGAACACCAAUGUCGAAUGCGAGAUGAUAUUGCCGAUGUUCUUCGGGAACUAAAGAUAUACGAAAAGGGUUUAAAGACAAACAAUGAGGUAGGACGCAUUUUCCUUCAAAUUUUGUUGUAAGUUUUCAGAAACGUAACUUAAAAUAUUGACUAUGAUCCAAACAACUUGCAUUCAUCAACAAUUACAUCCAUUACAUCCAUUUAUUAAAAUGUAAGUAUAUUUUCCUCAGUGUGCCAAUUUGGUAAAGAGUAAAUAAGAAGCGAAUAUAUUAUAUAGUUAAUUAAACUAAUAUACUGUAUUAUUUUGGUGUCGUUACAAAGCAGUUAUAGCAAUCCAGACCUGUACUUAUGGAUGGUAGGAAUGGCCUUUAUUUCUAGAAAUAAAACCGUUAAACCAGAAUAUCACCGUAUUUAAGAAUUCACUCUGAUUUUUCCUUUUUGCAUUAUCUACAAUCAUGGCAAAAAUUCUGUGGCCUCGUAGCUGUAAACUAAAUUGUUUCUGUUCAUAUACACACAUUAGCAUCGUUGCGUAUAUGCCCCCUCCCCUUUUUCUUGUUGGUUUUGACAUUGUAUUUCACAAAGCUUUAACCUAACCAAUUUUUAAGCUUUCAACAUUGAACUGGGUCAAGGCAAUUUAGAAAUUGCUAUUUUUGCAAUGAUAUGAUUGGGCAAGGAAGGUAUUUUUAUUUAUGCACUCGCAAUACACAAUAAUUUUUGGCAGGAUUGUAUGUAGCUUAUAGUUGUAAUCUUAUAUCAAAUUUCGGGGCCCAAGUACCAGACCAUGACCGCGUAGCCUUAUGGAUUAAUCCGCCCCUGGUAAUUUUCUAUCUUUUUCUUAAAAAAGAAAACCUGCAAUAAUGAACCACCUGACUGCAUUGGAGGUAGCCUUUAUUUCGUCAAACACACUUUUCCUGAAGCACGGAUGACAGGAUCAAGUAGCUUGUACAACCACAAAGAAAUUCGCCUGAAUUGGACGUCGCCGUGUACUUGAUAAAGAACGGAUAUCCUCCAGUUGACGUGACAGUGCUUUGCCCUUACCGUGGACAGGUAUUUAUCUGUUUGAGCCAUUUCGCAGGCGAUCUGUUGUGAAAUUUGGAUAUUUGCAUCCCUAAUAUACUAUUUAAUUGUAUAGGUCAUUUAUACCAUGCCUACAAUACAUGUAGCAAUUCUCUGGGAUUGAUUAAUUAUUAUCCUCUUCGACCACAACGCCAAAAAUUGUUCACAAAAUACAUAUUUUGAAAUUUAUUCAUCCAGCACAUUCACUUUUCCAACAACCUGGGGUGCAACUGCGGUAGACUAGGGGUAACCACAGGUUAAAGUGCGACCAUUGUAUAACACUGCAGUCCUGUAUAACAAAGCACAAUGAUCUUUCUUUGACUUUGUUUUGUUUAAUGUAAUCCCCGAGCAAACGGUGCGGAGCACCAUUCCGGGCGUUUGACCGGGGAUGAGGCUACUAAUUCCGCCUGGCUAUUUACACCAGGGGAAAGGACGCACUAGCGAAGUCUAAAGUUCAUCAAGUAUCGUGGGCACAUGGCUAUGAUCCAAGGGUGGACCUCCUCACUGCUCUAAAAAAUAUGGCUGUUUGCCUGGAGUGGGAUAAGCACACUGAGGAUAUUAAAGCAAGAUUUCAAUUUUCCAAAGCAUAUAUUUAGAAAAUCAUGUUUCACACAAUGAGCUUUGAAGCAAUUUUUGUUUGAAAGAAUGAGAAGAAUUGAUUUACUACGGAAAAUCGUGAAAUAUAGGGCAAGUUUGCUUUGAAUGUUUAAUGUUUAUAAUUUAAUAAUGCUUUAAUAAUUUAUGGGGUAAAACAUGCACUGCUGUUUUCGUUUGAAUGAAGCUGUAAGUUUCCCAAAUUACCCCGUUUAAUUUAAGAUGAAAAGGUAAAUGCAUAUUAAUUUGGAGACCUUAGACCUAACUGAAAUUACUCAACAAUUCGAAGUAGAAACAGUUUAACGGCAACGAUUCGGGUUAAAUAUUUCAUUAAAUCAAAGUUUACAAAAUCCAGAACAACGUACCUACAGUACAUAUUUCGAAAAUUAAUUGUUAUAUAGUUAAAAGCAAUAAUCUUUCGACUAUUUUUGUCGUGCUGUACAAAAGUAUAAUAAAAAUUUCAAUAAUCGUGUUGCUAUGGCAACAUUGACGUAAAGGAGAGCCUACGUUUAGCGUUGAUGAAUUACUAAUACUUCAUGUUAAAUCAAUGUUUGGAAAUAUGGGCGAGGGGUUUCCGCAUGCAUGUAUUUCUAGUAUACACUUUGAGACAGUUUAUUAACGAACUAAGAUAACCGUACACUUUUCUUAUCCGGUUGAUUCGGUUAAAUCAGUUCAUACAUGUACUAUCUGUAAUGAUUUAGAACAUACACAAUUCUCCAAUCCGAUUUAAUUAGUGUAUCAAUUUUUUGUCAUAUUUAGCAAAAAUUUAGUGAAACACUGUUGCAAGCAAGUAAAAUACCUGAUACUGCAAACACUGUUAUUUUUAAAAAUAAAUAGUGAAAGUGUUUUGUUAGACUUUAUUGCAAAAUUUUGAAUUGACGGCGAUUCCAUGCGGCAUACCAAAUAUGGUUACGAGUUCCAUAUACGGAUAAAAUGUGCCCGCAAAGGGUGUUGAAACACAAUCCAGUGGAAAAAAUUGCACAAUACUUUUUUUUCUGAAUUCACAUUCCAUCAAAAUAUCCUAUACCUGAGAUUAGGAUGCUCCCAGACCGCUCGCUGAUCGCAAUGAUUUAGUAAGAUAGGUAAUAACAUAUCACACAGGAAUUCUUCGUGCUUAAUAAUUAUACAGUGCUAGGAAUGCAUGCAUGCAGCAACCCCUCGCUUAUAUUUUCCAAAUACUGAUUUAACAUGAAGUAUUAGUAAUUUGCCAAUGCUGAACGCAGGCUGGCGCAGUACACUAUAUAUACAUGGACGGUUGAUUUCAGUCAAUGACGUAAUCAAAAAGUGAAGCUAAAGAUGGCGGAUUUUGAAGCCUUUCUUGCGCGUCAUUCUCAGUCCUCUUACGUGCGCGGUCAAAUUUUUUUAUAUAUUCAAGGCGGGAAGUGAUGGGCCCGCGACUCUCGGGUUCUAUUUUUCUUCAUUUUAAAAGAGCAAGAAAGGAAAUUAACUUCAUGAUUUCCUUCAUCUUCUCGAUCUGUCUACUGCAUUUUCCCACUGUAAGUGUGAGUAAAUCUGUGUUUUUCGUUGCGAAUUCAACAACUAAUUUCAAACUUUUUUUUUUUUAAUAAAUCUGAUUUUUAUAAAUUGGGAAUUUAUUUUUGCUUUGGUUGUUUUCCUUGCUUUUCAGUUUUUACACCAUUACGCUCAUUUUAGUCCGUUUUCCUGACCGAUAAAAAUGUUUUUAACUGCAGUUUUUAGCCUAUUUAAUUCCAUACAUGCAUGUCAGAACAUUUUGUUUUUAUUUUCUAUUUAAUAAAAUCACUUUCAUGAUUGUUUUAUAUACCUAAAAUGUUUAUUUUAAUGAGUUAUUUAUGUGUGUGAAACCUUGUCAAUAGGGGCAAUAGAGAUAUUUUUAAUGAUUGAGUGGCAUUUGUGUUUUGUUUUGUCACUCCUUGUCAUUUAUAAAAAUAGCAAUCCCGCACUAUUUUGCUUUCUUCUCACUCGAAUAUCGCAUCUUUUGAAUAAAUAAUAAUUAAAAUUUAGAACUAAACCAAAACAAAACACCAGAAUUCAACUUUUUAUUCAAAUUUCGUCUGACCGCGCACGUAAGGCGACUGGGAAUGACGGGCAAGAAUGCCUUCAAUUUCCGCCAUGUUUGGCUUCACUUUUUGAGCUCAAGUCAGCCUUCUAUAUUAUCAUAGACAAUCCAGAAGUUCAGUGGGCUGGUGUUGCACGUCAUAGCGAAACGAUUAUUUUUUUAAAUUUUAUACUUUUUACUAUAAAAUGGCAAAAAUAGUUGAACAUUUGGUACUUUUAUACUGUCUCUAUUAUAACUGUACUAUAUAUACUUUAGAUAUGUUAUUUUGCAUUUGGGGGGCUUUGAUUUAUCGUAAAAUUUAAUCAGAAACGCUUCGUAAAAUGUUUUGAAAUGUCGCUUUUGCUGAUAAGCUGGUUUACACUACUUAAUUAAUAAAACAAAGUACGUUCAAAUAAUUGAAUAAUUUCGGUAAUUAUUUAAGUAUUUUCCUAAAAUAAACAGGUAAUUUAACAGCUACAUUGAAACGGAAAGCAGUGCAUGUGUUACCACAUAAACAUUAAAAGCAAACUAGCUUAGCCUAUAUUUCACGACUCUUUCCCAAAGUAUAUAAAUUCUACUUAUUUCUUGAAGGCAAUUACAUUGUGUUUUUGAUGUUACUCUCAGUGUAUAUCCACAACGAGCGGAUAGUCACAACGGAUAGUCCACAACGGGCCACAAAAGUUAUCAACCUGCCCAGUGCGGUUAUUAUGGACUAGUAUCCCAAAGGUCGCGGGUUCGAUUCUCACCGUGGUCAGGCUAACUUUUCAGCCUGCCCGGCAGGGCCGCCGAGAGGGGGGGGGGGCAGGGGGGCAAAUUGCACCGGGCCCCGAGGCUCUGGGGGCCCCUAGAAAUUUUAUGUUAGAAAUUUAAUGGGCCCCAGUAAUUUUUUCGGGCGAAAUAUUUCUGUUUUCGGGCCAAAAUAUUUGUGUUUUGGGGGCAAUGAACCGAAAUUUGGUAUGGAAAAUUGCGGAAAAGUCCAACAAAAGCAAUUAUAACGCACCUAAAAAGAAAUUAUUGUCCGAAAAAAUUUUUUCCGGAAAAUUUUUUUGCAAUAGGGGCCCCUAAAAAUUUUUUUGCCCCGGGUCCCCGCCAAGCUCUCGGCGGCCCUGCUGCCCGGUGUGAAUAUUCACUCAGAGUAACAUCAAAAACAUAUUAAUCUGAGUACAUAACAUCAAAACACAAACAAAAAUAUCAUGGCAAUUACAUUGCUUGAAAGUUAAUUCAUUGUAUGAUUGAAAUAUUGGUUAUCCCACUCUUUGCAAACAGCCAUAUUUUCAAGGUUAGCGAGGAUGUCCCUCGCUGAUCUCAAAAAUAUGACUUUAGACUUCGCUAGUGCUUUCCUUUCCCCGGGAAAAAACACGACUUUAGACUCAAAAACACGACUUUAGACUCAAAAACACGACUUUAGAGUUCGCUAGUGCUUUCCUUUCCGGCUCCCUGUUUGACUUUAUUGUUUUAAUACAAAGUUGUUUUUCUCGAUUUCUGCUUAGAAUAUGAAACAUAUUAAUUGAACGACUUUUUCACCAGACUUAGAAUUUAAAAAUAGUUUGUGUUUAUAGCUUUAAUUUGUUCACGAAAUUGCAGAUAAAUUAGUUUACGAGUUUAGAAAACACAAUACAGCGUCAGGACACCAUAGAGCACAAUAAAAACAUGAUAUAUCAAAAGAAAAAGUAUCGUACAAAUUGAGAUAUCUAUAUGAUGCAAAACCAAAUUUGCCGAAUCAUUCUUUUUGAAAAGUAUUAUUUGCUAGUCUGCCAGGAAAUAUUGGGUCAGAUUUACUAGUCAACUAGCCAAUCAGAACUCGCGAAAUGUGGUAUGCAACAUUUAUACUAAAUAAAGUUUUUUUAAAUAAAUAAAAUACAAUGUUAUUCCGAAAAAAGUGUGUGCAUGGAUACACUACACGAUCUAUUUGAACUGUAUAUUUCAAGUCAAUUUCUAUACAUCUUCAGAAGUAUGUUUAGAAGAUGUCGAUAUCUGUUACCAGAAAUACGUGCAUGCAGCAACCCCUCGGCCCCGCCUAUAUUUUCCAAUCAAUGAACAAACAUGAAGGAUUACAAAUUUGGAAACACUAAACGCAGUCUCGUGUUUACGUCAAGUGUUCCCAUAGCAACACGAUAAUUUCAAAUUUUUAACUUUUUUGUACAAAAUGGCAAUAACAGUUGAAAGAUUAGUACUUUUAAUUGUACCGUACAACAAGGAAUGUCCGAAAUAUGUACUGUAGGUAUGUUAUUGGGCAUUUUGUGAGCUUUGAUUAUUUAAUGUAAAAUUUAACCUGAGUCACUUCGCGAAAUGUUUUGAAAUGUUCAUUCAACUAAACCAUAUUUGCGAUAAACUGUUUUUACUUAAUGAAACAUGAUAAGUUCAAAUUGUGGUGUAAUUUCAGUUCCGUCUUAAAAUUAAUUUGCUCUCCUAAGUUGUUUUCUUAAAUUAAACAGGGUAAUUUAGGAAACUUACAGCUUCGUUGGAAAGGAAAAUAGUUCAUGUUUUAGGCAAAAAGUUAAAGCAACAAAAUUCAUAAAAUCAAUCAUUCAAAGCAAACUUGCCAAACAAUUCUUCUCAUUUCUUCAAACAAAAACUGCUCAAAACUCGUGUAUGAAACGAUUUUCCAAAUAUAUGUCUUUGAAAAUCGAAGUGUUCCUAAUCCCAGUUCUGGCAAGCAGCCAGGAGGUCCAUCCAUACACUAUGAACCUUGACACCACUUUAGACAUCGCUAAUGCUUUCCUUUCCCCUGGUGUAAAUAUCCGGGCGGAAUUAGUACCCUCGCACCAGCCUUAUGCCCGGAACGGCGCUCCGCGCCAUAGGCUCGGGGAUAAAUAUAUGGCCGACAUAUUCAAAACACACUAUAGGAAGAAGAAGUGUUUACCAAUAACCGAUCCACUAUUUGUACUGAUCAACGACAUCCUCCAUCUUCACCAGUGAAGUACAUAAAUUUGUACUCAACGAUAAGCAUUUCGUGUCCUACGGAUGUGGAAAAACCCAUUUAAUUUACACGUCUUUACGCUCGUUUUUAAAUACCAUUGCUUCCCUAUAUAUCGUGUUAACUUAACAUACAUACAUUUACUUAAAUCAAGCUUCGCUUUUAAUUUUAGGUCGAUAAAAUGAAGUCUGCCUUUAAACUAAAAUCGUCAGAUCCAAGUGAAGAGUAUUUUACCAAAUUGAGAGACAUCAAUAUUACAACUGUGGAUAGUUUUCAGGCAA